GUUUACUUCUACUUGUAAUAGAAACGAGUGACCCUGGCGACCUGAAUGUGCUCAAUAAUGCUAUCAACCGCUGUUACAGCUUACACCUGUGCAGACGCCUGCAUUUUGCAAUACAAAUCCUACAAAAAAACAGGUUAUAUUCAACUUCUCAACACAAAACAAACAAAGCUAAUGAGGACGAUCUGGUGCACUUCCACUGUUGGCAUCUGAUGGAUCUCAGCAGCAAGUGAGUAUGAAACGUCCGUUCAGCCCGUCAUCUCUGCCGAACGCCGAGCUGGGCAGGAGGGGUUUCGGUGCCGGGCUGGGAGUGCAGAUGGACGGCGAGUCUUGCUGUGACACCCAGGAUGAGGGUGCAGUACUAGAUGAGCAGUCACCAGGGGGCGCCAUGUCUUCUGCACUCCACAGACCUAAAAGGGAAAGAAAGCAGCGGAGUUACACGUUGUGUGAGGUCUGCAACAUCCAACUCAACUCGGCCGCACAGGCCCAGAUCCACUACAAUGGAAAAUCCCACCAAAAGAGACUCAAGCAGAUCAGCAAUGGCAAGAUGCCAAGCAGCACAGGUACGUCGGCCCAGGGCAGCCCCCUUCUGGCUUCCCUCCCUGUCGCAGGACGACCUCUGCAACCUCAGCUUGACCUCAAACACCUCCUGCCCUUCAGACUGAAUGGAUCCUCUCCCCUCAGCCUGUUCCCUAACUUUAACACGAUGGACCCUGUCCAGAAGGCGGUGAUCAACCACACAUUUGGUGUCCCUCAGCCCCUCAAGAAGAAACAAAUUAUCUCCUGCAACAUUUGCCACCUGCGCUUUAAUUCAACGAAUCAAGCAGAAGCCCACUACAAGGGCCACAAGCAUGCCCGCAAGCUCAAAGCCAUGGAGGCCCAGAAGAACAGGCAGCGACGAGCUGGGGAGGCCUCGUCCACAGGGAGGGAGAGAGACCGAGACAGAGACCGGGAACGAGAUCGGGACCGGAGCAAGACAUCCACAUCCGAGGCGGCUCUUCCCGCACUCAUGGAAACAAGCUUAGUGGAGGGAACAAGCCUUCAGUCUGAUGUGGAACCAGUCAACCUGGAGGUGAAGCUCGAGGAGAAUCCCAGGAGCUCAGUUAUGCUGACGCCAGUAUCCGAAGUUUCCACUGUGGAGUUGGUUACCCUUUCCCCUCCUCAGAUUUCACCUUCUUCACAUCUCUCAGAGACUGGCUCAGACACCAGUGCCCCCGAAGUCCCAGAGGCCGCCGAGGCCACGGGCUCGACCACUGAGUCAGGCAGCCAUGCAGACAUGUCUAGCACAAAUGGGGAGCCACGUACAGAUGAGGACAAGGACCCCAAGAAGAGCAAGGCUCACCUUCAUUGUCCUGUCUGUAAAGUCACAGUCAACUCUGUCUCCCAACUGGAAGCACAUAACAGCGGUACGAAGCACAAAAUGAUGCUGGAAGGCCACAGCGUCCUGCCUCGACGCAGGGGGAAAGUAGUGGCAGCUCGUGGGGGCUGCAAGAGCAAGCGGCUGGGCAGCAAAGGCAGCGUUGGGGUGCCCAGCAAGAACUUUCAGUGUGAAGUGUGUGAGAUCUUUGUGAACUCUGAGACGCAGCUUAGCCAGCACAUGAACAGCAGAAGGCACAAGGAUAGGCUUGCCGGAAAACCACCCAAACCCAAAUUUACCCCCCACAGCAAGAACCAGCCAAGCUCCAGCUUAGCGAACGUGAGAUGGAGUGGCUAUGCAGGCGUGGCUGUGUCUGCCAUGAAGAAAGCAUUCAGCCAGUGCAAUCUCACCUCCCUCUCCUCUCAGACCAAACUGGCCUUGCAGAAGCAGCUGACCAAGAGCUUGACAACUGGCUUCCUGCCCAGCCCCCUCACCCCACCAACUCUGUGCACAGUGGCAACUAACCCGCUGGCUCUGCGCCACCCAGUGGGCACCACCACCACCUUCAUCCAGACCCCCUUCCUGGGCCCUGCACUGUUCCGGCCUGCCCCGGGGCCGCUGCGGGCCACACACACCCCCAUCAUCUUCUCUCCUUACUAAAGACUUGACCUACUUCCUGUUUGACCUCCACCCUUGACCCUUUACCAAACCACAGGCCCUCCUUUAGUGUGACCCACAUGACAAAGGCCACACCCAAACUAUGCAGCCCACCUGACUUACGAUGGAAAGAGUGCACAAGACCUGAUGCUCCGUAGGCCAUUCGGCCUGAGAGCUGUUCCUAUCAUGAAGGCCAAGAUCCCCCAUCAUGCCUUUUUUCUGCUCCCCUCACUAUGACCUAAGGAGGAGGACAGGCCUCCAGACAGUGACUGGUGCACAGAGGCCUCUUUUAUAGCCAUUUCAUGGGUCAACGUGGUUUGGUUUAUGAAUAUUAUUGUGUAACUUAUUAGAGAACAAAUAUAGACAAGUCUACAUGUAUGUUUAGUGUGGUUGCCACAAAAUAAGGUCCCUUUACUUGAUGCUCUUUUAAAACGUUUUUAACUUAUUGGUUCGGGGGUUUUUUGAAAGGUGAGAAUAUCAUAGUUCAUUAAAGCAGCUGAAUCAUGAGUCAUCCUUCUGUAUGGUCAGACAAGCCAGUCUCAUUAAUCAGUUUUUGACUAACGAGCUUAAAGGAUCAUCUGGGGUUGAUUUCAUACUGGAUCUGGGAGUUAUCGAACAAGUCUCAGCACAAGCACUCCUUGUCAGUGUAAAACAUUUGAAGGACAAAUGUGAGUCCUCGCUGUGGGCAGUAUAUGAAGCUGUAUGUCCGUGUAUUAUAACCCUGUUUGCACCAUUUUGCAUCUCAAACCCUCUCCAAAAAGUUUCCCCUGAGCCCUUAACUUGUAUAAUUAAAACAUUUCUUCCUCUCUUUCUUUCUGAGUCACAGCCACAGUCAGAGCCCUCCAGAUUUCCUCUCUUUUUCUGUAUCCCCAGCUUUAAGCCCUCAUUAAGGUCCAGAAAAGGUCAGCUUGUCAACUUGACUUUGUUUCAAUUUGCAAAUCUGUCUUCGGAAUAAUUUUGUCUUUCUUUAUUCGCUCCAGUGCAUCACUCAUGCAAAUGCAGCGUGCACAUUAUGUUCUCGCCAAGCUAGCAGCACGAAAAACAUUUUGCAGCUCUGGUUGUCUUACACUGCAAAACGUCAUUAUUUCUCUCCCCUCAUUACUGCUCUUUUUCUUCUCCUUCCUCCUUCACCCUGCUGUCAUCACCUCGCUGUUGCUCUUGAUUUGUUGUGGCGUUAUCUCAGCAUGAGAUGAUGAUGAUGAUGAUGAUGAGGAGCAGGGAAGCUGACACCCCCCCCCCUCCACACACACACACACACACACACACCCCCACACACACACUCCCCCCCACACCCUCACAAUCGCAUGUGCACACAAUCACACAACAAAAUCACAAAGGAUAACUUGAAGACUUGAUGGGAUUUUAGAGCUCAAUGAGGAGUUCGGGUGACGGUGGGUGGGGAGGCUGCUCAGCCGGUACUUGAUUGACAUCCUUGCAGUGUCUGCGCACAGCGUGGGAGGGAACAAAGCACAGUGCCAUGGCAACCACAAUAAAAGCACCUUAAAACUGAUUUACUUACAAAAGCAAUGAAAAUUAUGUUGAUAUUCACCGUUUUUUGCUCUAGGUGUAUGUUUUUACAAUCCCAUGUCAGUUUCAGUGAGACGUUUGCUUGGAAAAAAACAAUAACAACAAAAAAAUAAAUAAAUAAAAUAAUACAAUCAGGUGAGAAUGAUCACGUUAUGGUAAAUCCAUAACGAAGACAAGUCUCACAUUUAAAGCAAUACAUUCAGUUUAUGUUUAUGAUGUGUUAUCAGUGUCUCAAUGGCUUUAUCUAUUCUAUACCGUAUGCCGUGUAACAGUGUAUCACGUACUCCAACACAGCCGAGGGCCAACUCUGAACCGUCGGCGAAGAGCCAUUUGAAAUGUGGGUUGUCCUGACGGUGCUGCCCUUGAUGCUUGAUGCUCAUGGUCAGUCUCCACAUGUUUUCACUCCGGGCUGAGCUGUUUCCAUCUAUAGCUGCUCCAGUGUGGCGGAAAGGGGUGCUUCAGCGCCAUGUGACAUUGCUGUUUGGCUUUUUUUAGUGGAGCAGGAGAACUUUUGUGUGACUUCCACUGGGCAAAACAACGUUACGUCAGAGACAAGUGUUUUGGAUAAGUGUCACAAGUGCAACAUCAACUGUCAUAUUGCUGUUCAUGCUCUGUGUGCCCCCAACCCGCCGCAACACCCAGGAUAUCUACUAACACUCCCCCCACCCUCCCUGUGCCAAAAUGGACUGUUGGCAAGGUCUGAUAAGGACUUGGAGUGUACACAUCUUUUUGUUAACACUCAUAACAAAUCAUGUUCUCUUAAAUUUCAGUAACGGAUUAACUCCUAUGCAUUUCUCAUUGUGCAAUAUGUAUAGUUGUCUGUGAUGCAGCAGUGCCAUCUGUCGUGAAAACCCUGUAACUGCCAUCCAGUACUUGUCCCUCUACAAAACCUUCGAUCCUACGUACAUUUUCAUUUCCCCCAAGUCUUUCUGGGUAAGCGAAGCCACCGGGUCUCCCACGCCAUACAGAUGUGAUUCUCCCCAGACGCACUACUCAGUGAACCAGCCAGCCUUUAAUCUUCACUGUUUGUUUGUUUGUCUCUAUUGCUCAGUGGGAACUCUGACCUAAAGAACUGAAACUUUCUUAAAAUAAAGAAUCUAGAGGAGGCAAAUUAUAUGUAGAAAUCAUAGAGUAACUAUAGAGAUUUUAUCAGAGUUGCUAUUGUUAUCUGUAUCAUAAUGAACUGCUAUCAUAGAAGAGAGUAGAUUGUUACUGUAGGGACAGGAAAAAUGCUUUGCUUUCUUUUUAUUUUCUUUCCUUGUUUAUUUACAUGGUUUUACCAACAUGUUUUUUUUUAACUUACAAGAGAAAAUAUUUAAAACAAACCUUUUUUUCGAGUGUGCUUUUUUUUUCUUUAUGUUUUUUUGGGUUUUUUUCCUCCUUGUUGACGGUGACUGAACUAAUAAUGUAAUUCAAGGCCUUUUCAGACAAUGUCCUAAAGUCACACGAGACAGGCCUUCUCAGGGGUGACAGGUUGAGCAAAUGCUAACAUGACCAUCCAUUCAGGGUAUCCCUCCAUAGCUCUAGAGAGCAGGAAACACUGUACGCGUGGAUGGACUGCCAAAAAAAAACAAAAAAAAAAACAACAACAACUUUCAGUGCUGUACCAUAGAGAGGACAAGUGAUGGAUUUUGGAAAAUAAAGCUUUUAGAACUUGUAAAAA